AUGCUUACUCUAACAGGCACCCCCGGUCCAUGUGUAGGGAAUAUUGCACCAAUUACACGUCUCAACUUCUCUGGAUUAUGCCUUCAAGAUGGUCCCCUAGGUAUCCGGCAAGCGAUUUACGCAAGUGUGUUCCCAGCCGGCCUGUCUGCAGCUGCAUCAUGGGACCGUGCUCUCGUCCGACAGCGUGGCCUCUUUAUAGGCGCUGAGUUCAAAGGCAAAGGAGCUCACAUUGCUCUCGGGCCAGUCGUUGGACCUCUGGGGCGAUCUCCUUUUGGUGGCCGCAAUUGGGAGGGCUUCUCACCCGAUUCCUAUUUAACGGGGGUUAUGGUCGAAGAAACUGUCAUUGGAAUGCAAUCUGCUGGUGUUCAGGCUUGCACGAAGCAUUACAUUAUGAACGAACAAGAGACCCAGAGGAACCCGUCAGCCGUGAAUGGUACCACGGUCGAGGCCAUUUCGUCCAAUAGCUAUGGCUGCCAAAACUCGAAGACUCUCAAUGGUCUCCUUAAGGACGAGCUUGGCUUUCAGGGGUAUGUCAUGUCUGAUUGGGGGGCUACCCAUUCUGGCGUCCCGGCCAUUGAAGCAGGUCUCGACAUGAACAUGCCUGGUGGCAUUGGAUUCACUUCUGCUGCUCCAUCAUUCUUUGGCGGAAACAUCACCACUGCGGCCAAUAACGGCUCGCUCUCCGCCACCAGGCUCAACGACAUGAUCCUCCGCAUCAUGACCCCUUAUUAUCUCCUCAACCAAGAUGCAGGAUAUCCCGGAGUGGACGCUUCUGCCGUUCCCCUGGGCUUCUUUCCCGGUGAAAACUAUGUACACCAGUUCCCCCUUUCUCCGCUCGUAGAUGUGCGAGGCGGCCAUGCUAGCCUCAUUCGUCAGCUCGGUGCUGCUGGAACGGUUCUGCUUAAAAACACGAAUAGCGCACUCCCACUAAAACAGCCCAAGAACAUAGCCGUCUUUGGUAACGGCGCGGCCGACGUCACAAGAGGCCAAUACACACUCAAGCUAAGUUCCGAUCUCGAGCCCGGCAACUAUGAUAUCGGCACUUUGGCCGUGGGUGGCGGAUCCGGAACUGGUCGCUUUACCUACGUUGUCUCGCCACUUGAAGCCAUCAAAGCGCGCGGUCAAUCAUAUGGCGCUCUAGUUCAGUACAUGACAGACAACAAAGCAAUUUCAAAUGCGGGUGUUUCCAACAUCCAGCCCUCGCCGCCAGAUGUGUGCAUGGUCUUCCUCAAAUCUUGGGCUAGUGAAGGCGAGGAUAGACCCACACUUAUUGCGGAAUGGAACUCUAACACAGUCAUCGAAAAAGUAACCGCUAUUUGUCCAAACACUAUUGUCGUACUGCAUGGUGCAUCGCCGAAUGUGCUGCCUUGGAAGGACAAUGCCAACGUCACUGCUAUUCUCGCCGCGCACAUGCCAGGUCAAGAGACUGGAAACUCAAUUGUGGAUGUCUUAUGGGGCGAUGUGAAUCCUUCUGGAAAACUCCCAUAUACUAUUGCACUCACCGAAGUCGAUUAUGAGAAAAAUCUCGUCAACGGCACAGAACUUCUUGAAUCUACGGAUCCAGAUGCGUGGCAAGCAGAUUUCUCUGAAGGUCAGCUUAUCGACUACAAAGAGUUCGAUGCGGAGAACAAAAGUGUCGCCUACGAGUUCGGGUUCGGUUUGAGCUACACCACGUUCACGCUUUCCAGUCUCGGGACCAAUAUUGCCGUUGCCAGUGCCUCGCGUCUACCAUCACCAAGCGCGAAAAUCGUCCCAGGUGGAAAUGCCGAACUCUGGGAGACUUUGGUCACCGUCUCUGCGACGGUCAAAAAUACUGGCAAUGUUUCUGGUGCCGCAGUUCCACAGCUAUAUCUCUCCAUUCCGGCUUCGGAAGCCGGUGGGGGAACCCCAGUUCGAGUUCUUAGAGGAUUCCAUAAGGUUGCUUUAGGACCUGGCGCAUCGGCUACAGUGGAGUUCCCACUCAUGAGGCGCGAUGUCAGCUUCUGGGAUGUUAGUGCGCAGAGUUGGAGACUACCGAGUAGUGCUAUUGGUGUCCAUGUUGGGUUUAGCUCGAGAGACUUGAAUUUGAGCGCUGAAAUUACUGUUUAA